AUGUCAACCCCAGACGUACCUGGAAACAGUGACAGUACGAUGCCACCACUAACCAACACAGAAAACGACCAAGAUUUGUCUGAGAGUAUUGGCGUGAUUGAUGGCAACGAGUCUUGGAACGACUUGUCUUCCCCAGAACCAGAAUUGACCAUGGUAUUGACAGAGUUACGCAAUCGAUUGCAAUCGCAAAUACAUGACAAUGCAGGCCAACAGGACAUCACGAAUAUCACAGACGCAAUAGGUAAUGGGAAUUAUGAUGAAGUCGUACAAAGAUCAUUACCGUCCAGCGAGAUACCUGAAUGGCAAAAGACAUUAAGGAGGACGCUAAUUUUUAUCGGAUAUACAAUCACAACAGUGCUAUUUUCAGUUAUAAUAUAUUUACAUUCCCUUUUAGUCAGGUGCAGUUAUGAUGAGGAAACAUCAACAGCAUUGUUAGAUGGUGUAUUUAGAGCGCAGGAGAAGGCAAUUGAUGAUUAUCACAGGAGACGCCGUGGACAGCGAGAAGUAGAUGAUCAUUGA